AUAACGUGAAAAACUUUACCAAACAAAUAAAUAAAUAACGUGAAAAAAAUGGUGCAUGCAUGGCUCUCACUCAAACUCUCAAAGUCACUUCCACUUCCAUCCUCUUCUACUUGCACUUCCAAGAUUACAAAAUGGUUUUGUUAUGAUUUUCCCAACCAAUUUUGCUCCUUGCCAUCGCCAGCAAUUUCUUAUGAUAGCUAUGAGGAAGGAAGCAGUGCAGUAGAAGACAAGAUCACAUACAAUCCGAAUCUGUUCAACAAUACACCAGAAGUUCAGCUGAGCAACCUACCACCUCUAGUGAGUGCACUGAAAACCGCAGCUGAAACAAAUGUUGCUUCUUUUCAUUUCCCUGGACACAACAGAGGCCUCGCCGCUCCUUCUUCCUUGUCUCCAAUCAUUGGAUCAAAAACAUAUACUCAUGAUUUAUGCGGCAUUCCAGAGCUUGGCAACCUCUUUUUCCCCCAAGGACCCGUAUUCGAAGCACAAAAAGAAGCAGCCAAAGUGUUUGGAUCAUCACAAACAUGGUUUCUUGUUGGAGGUACUACUUCCGGGAUCCAGACAGCAAUCAUGUCAACAUGUUCACCCGGAGAUUAUCUCAUUCUUCCCAGGAACUGUCAUGUAUCAGCUAUAUCCGGCAUAGUUUUAUCUGGUGCAAUGCCUAAGUACAUUUUUACCGACUCUAAUAAUGAUUGGAAUAUCCCUGGUGGCAUCACUCCGUCACAGGUAUUGAAUGCUAUCCAGGAAGUGGAACUGGAAGGAAAAAAACUAGGAGCAGUUUUCAUCACUUCGCCUACUUAUAACGGUAUUUGCAGUAACUUGAAGGAGAUUUCUGAGAUAUGUCAUUCUCGGAAAAUUCCUUUGAUUGUUGAUGAAGCUCAUGGUGCACAUCUUGGAUUUCAUCCUGAUCUUCCUAGGUCAGCACUCCAGCAAGGUGCUGAUCUAGCUGUACAGUCUACUCACAAGGUUCUUUGCUCUCUUACUCAGUCAUCUAUGCUGCACAUGUCCGGCGAUAUCGUAGAUAAGGAUAAAAUACAAAGGUGUAUCCAAUCUCUGCAAUCCUCAAGCCAUAGUUACCUACUUAUGGCAUCCUUGGAUGCUGCUACAGCUCAACUUCGUGAAAGCGCCGAUGUUUUGUUCAACCAAGCGCUCGAAUUAGCAAAUGAAGCAAAGUUACUGCUAAAACAAAUCCCUGGCAUCUCAGUGCUUGAGCAUUCACACUUUCCAAAUUUUCCUGCUAAGGAUCCAUUGCGGAUUACAGUAGGUUUCUGGAAGCUUGGUUUAUCAGGUUAUGAAGCGGAUAAAAUGUUAUUAAAGGAUUUCGGAAUCACCCGCACACUUGUUGGGACUAAAUCUGUGGCUUAUUCAAUUAAUCUCGGAACUAGCAGGGACCAUGUUCACAGGCUUGUAUCAGGAAUAAAGCAUCUAGCUGCAAGAUUUUCUUCCAUUCAGCAACCUAAAGAAACUCCUAACCAUGCUCCCUUAGGCUUGGAUGAUGUUAUCAUGAGAUUGAGUCCUAGAGAAGCAUACUUUGCAAGUAAGAUAAAAGUAUCGGCGAAGGAGAGCAUUGGUAAGGUUUCUGGUGAGCUUUUGUGUCCAUUCCCUCCAGCCGUACCGGUAGUGGUUCCUGGUGAAGUUAUUACACAGAAAGCUAUUGAUUUUCUCCUCCAUUCAAAAAGUACAGGUGCUUCUAUUAGUGGAGCUUCAGAUCCCUCACUUACUUCUGUAGUUGUCUGCAAUGGUGAUAACUAUUAAGUACUCUUUGAUUUUGAAUUUACUUUCCUCAAAUCAAUAAUGUUAUCUAUAUGUAGUUGUCGGUGUCGGUGUCAAUGUAGUGUCUUGUUUCAUGUUUGGAUUAUUGUUUCAGAGUUUCAUUGUCUAGAAGUUUAAACUUCUCAAUGUCCUUCUUUAGCCUUUGCAUAUCACACCAGAAGAUCUCAUAAUAAAUGACAAAGAUUUCACACAGAAGAUGAAAUUUUCUGUUAUUUAUUCUGCUAAUGCUAGCAAUGGCUGUUGAUUUUGAUAAAUUCCAAUUCUUGUUACUCUAAUUAUCAUCUUU